AGCUACUGAUCGUUGACUUUCAAAUCGUUAUUUAGAACAUGUUUUUACAAUCUUCAUUAUUUUCAAAGACUUGAUCAUGAAGGAGGAUCGCCGUUUUCCUUACAGACAUGAUAGUCUUCAGUUCUUGAAAACCAAAACAGCACUUGUUAUCUUCAUAGUGCUAACUUAUCUCUUUGGUUACUUGACAGCUUACUAUAACCACCAAACGUUACACGUGCCACCACCAUCAACAGCGGUGUUGAAGACCGUCAAGGAGACAAAACCUCGCGGUUGCCUAGUUGACAACUUCAAAGUAACUACUCGCUGCGGCGACCUUGUCCCUCCGGAAUCAAUCCGUCAAACGGUUAUCGACAAGAUCUUCAACGGAACUUCACCGUACGUCGACUUCCCGCCACCGCACGCCGGGAAGUAUCUCCGGUCAAAACGGAUCAAAGGCUGGGGAUCGUACGGAGCCGUCUUCGAGAACCUAAUCCGACGGGUCAAACCUCGGACCAUCGUCGAAGUUGGAAGCUUUCUCGGCGCGUCGGCGAUUCACAUGGCCAAUCUCACGCGCCGCCUUGGACUCGAGGAGACUCAGAUUCUAUGCGUAGACGAUUUCCGUGGCUGGCCCGGUUUUCGAGACCGGUUUAAAGACAUGGCGUUGGUGAACGGCGAUGUCUUGCUUUUGUACCAGUUUAUGCAAAACGUGGUCAGCUCCGGUUCAACCGGUUCAAUUCUACCGGUUCCGUUCUCUGCUGGUUCGGCUUUGGAGAAGCUGUGUGAGUGGGGUGUGACGGCGGAUCUGGUGGAGAUAGACGCGGGUCACGAUUUCAAUUCGGCUUGGGCUGAUAUAAACCGGGCGGUCCGGAUACUUCGACCCGGCGGAGUUUUAUUCGGUCACGAUUAUUUCACGGCAGCGGAUAACAGAGGAGUGAGGAGAGCUGUGAAUUUGUUCGCAGAGAUUAACCGGUUAAAAGUCAAAACUGAUGGUCAACAUUGGGUUAUCGACUCAGUUAAUGUUAUUUGAUUCCCUUUUUAAUAUAAAAUAAAUAUAGCCGAUUUUUUUUUUGUUUGUGCACGAAAUGCAGAAUUUAAAAUGCGAUGUAUAUUGAUAAGAUAAUGGAUGAUUCUCAAUUCAAGAAAACAGAUUUGAAGGUUUUAUUGUAGUUUUACUAUAAAAC